CCAUUUGAAACCUCAGUCAGUAUACAGUUUGUAGUGUGAGCUAUGUCCGCAUCUGUUACCCUCUUGGUGCUAAGCCUGUUCAUAGCUGGCACGGCAGCACAGGUGGGUGUGAGGGGGAUCUACCUGACGAAGGGCGGGGAGAGACAGCAGUACCUGAACCUGGGCCUCGGUGACCUCCACUACCAGCUGGAGUGUGACAUCGAGGCUGACCCCAAGGAUGUCGUCAACGUCACCUGGUCCUUUGAGAACUGGGGAGUCGUGUACGUGUGGACCCAUGCAACGGGGUCUGUUACUGUCAACUUACCCCUGAAGGAGCAUGUAGAGACGCCUGGGGAAGGGAAGGAGGUUGGAUCCGACAUACAGUUCGUGUCCCCACAAGCUUCCAUGAGAGGGGUGUACACUUGUAGCGUCUACCAUAACCGUGAAGACUUGCACCUCAACCCCGUCAGUAGUCAGUACGAGCUACAGAUGUAUGCUUUCUUCGAGGACGGCUACAAGAUCGCAGCGUCGGUGGAGGAGUGUACCGUGUACUGGAACUUCAGCACCCCACGUAUGUACCCUCGGCCGACGGUACACUGUGGCUUCUGGAACACCUCCACCGGGGUACUGGUGAAGGAGGUGCGGGGAGGUCUCGUGUUCCACCAAGACCCAAACUACCUGUGGUACGUCUACGCCCACAACACGCCCAUACAGGUAGAGGACAUCCCCCGUGACACACAUUUCCACUGCACCACAGAGGUCGCCAUAGCUAACUACACUCGCCAGACUGACCUGACUGAUACGGCCGCUUCCCACCAGGUGUAUGAAAAAGUUAAUGACAGAGGCUGCCCAGUACUGCCGGUGUUGAGGCCACACAUGGACGUGAGGGACGACGGCUGCCUUACCAACUGCCGGGGAGAAUGUCACCCAUUCGACGACCAACCUGUCCUUUGGUGA